GAGAGGCAACACUAAGACAACAGGGAGGAAAAACAAGUGAAUAGGAAGAGGGUGGAAGAUUAAGAAAAAAUACAUUUCAUUUGUAUUUUAAUUCAGUCUGCGCUUUUUAUCCAAAGCGACACAGAAAAAUCAAGGAUCAGAACUGCAUGGUUUGACAGAUUCCACCACAGGGUUGUGUACCAUCGCCAGCUACCACCACAGGGAAGGAGGGAGCAUGUGUGAAGGAGCUUGUGUGAGUAUGGGGCCCAUCUGGAGACUGUCCCGGGGGGUGGCCUUGGCCGUCCUCCUGGGUGUGCCCUGGGCGUCCUCUGGGCUGGUGGAAGACUUCAGUCACGAGGAGCGCUGUAAAAACUCGCUGUACAUGGGCACGGCGCCGCGGGGCUACCUCGCCCAGCACUCCCUCAGGAAGAUCUGCCAGCGGCUGGCAGACAAGCCUCGCUUCGCCACCCUCUACGACCCCCGGCGACACAUGCCCCUUUACUCAGCCUACACCUUCAAGAAGUCAGAUGGGGAGAAGACUGUGGACCAGCCCUGGAUGUAUGAGCCACAGCUGAGCUGGAGCAGUGGUAGCAGCAACAUGGAAACCUUCCCUCAGACGGCCCAGGUGUCCUUGAGACUGACGGACAGCCAGGCAGUGCUGGCGGACUUUGCCGAAGCGGCUCAGUACGAGCGUGGGCACCUGAACCCGGACCAGCACCAGUCCGACCUCCUGGACAAGGCCUCCACGUACACCCUGACCAACGCGGUUCCUCAGGUCCGGGAGUUUAACAGCGGGCCGUGGCGCGAGCACGAGGACCACAUCCGACAACGGCUCAACAACUACUGUCGUGGCACCGCCUACGUCGUCACCGGGGUAACCACCACGGGGAACAUGAUCCGUCGGAACAAUCAGAACCGGGUGGGCAUCCCAGAGUACAUGUGGACGGCCUAUUGCUGUCCUGACUUCGACCACAACGCUCCUUAUCUGGAGCGCUACCGCCUGCCUGUGUUUGGAGCCUACGGCCUGAAUGACAGGGUGAAUAACGCGGUGACGGAGCUGCCAGUCAAAAGCCUGGAGAAGUUCCUGAAGGAUAGGAUGGAGGUGGACAAAAACUUCCAGAUCUUCUUCAACAACUGUGGUCCUGAUGAGAUGUUGGCCUAAUGCAUGUCUGGUUCUGAAUCGUAGCGUGUGCAUAUGUGUUUGUGUAUGAGGGCCUACACUGUGGGCCUAUACUGGGUAUGUUCACUGUUCCAUAUUAUGUUCUAGUCUCCCUGACAUGUUUGUAUGCAAUUGUGGUAAUGGUGACAGGAAACUUUUAACUGAUCACUUCAGAAGUUAUCUGAAAAGCUUGCGCAUAGCACAGGACAAGAUAUAAUAAUGAAGAUAAAGUUAGCCUUAUGAAGCCAUUUGCCAUUUGAAGCCUUAUGGAGCCAUUUGCCAAACUUGACAAGUGCCCAUAGCCUAUAGAAGCUUGCCUGACACUAGAUGGCGCUUCUUGUCAAGUUCGUGCAAACGCUUACAACACCUGUGAUUUUUUUUUGCAUUUUCUAUCAACGUUCCUAAAAGUUAAAAGUCCCCUUUCCUGGAAAACUAUGAUAAGAUCUGUUUGCAAUCAAGCUUGUACACGACAGCAAAUAAAAUGAAUUUUAGUUUUGAUACAGCUGGCGC